CUCUCACCGGUGCGAAUUCGCGUCUCGCCGAGAAAGAAAAAGACAUACAGACACACACACAUACACACACUCAUAUACACACACACACACACACUCAUACACACAUACGCGCACAGGGAGUGCAUUUCUGCAGUGCAGGACUCUCUCUCUCUCUCUCUCUGUCUCUCUCUCUCUCUGUCUCUCUCUCUCUCUGUCUCUCUCUCAUUUUGGGACCGAGCUUUUUUCUUGGUGGCUCUUUUAUGGAUGUUUAAAGUGGAAAUUGAGCAACUGAUCGGAGGACAUCGCAGCCUCUCGAGCGUCUCAACUUUCACGUGGACGGGGUUUGUAUUUUUGGGCUCCGGCGGCAAGAGCGCAAAAAAAAAAGAAAAGAGAAAAAACAAAAACAGGGGAAUUGUUGGGACUCUUUAAAGUGCACAUAUCAGUUCCUAUUUUCUUCUUCUUCUUCUUCUUCUUUGUGAAACAAACAAACAACUGCAAAAAAAGAUUAGAUCCGCAUCAGACAUGUCCAGCAGCUUGGAUUGACGCGCUAUCGGACAUCCAAACCCUGUCUCUCUCUCUCUCUCUUUUUUUUUUUUUUUUUUUAAAUUAGUCAGCUCGUUUCAGUUCGGUCGGAGGGAGGGGGUGCUGGUCAUCAACUUUAGGGUGAUGCCUGCCCUGCAUGUGUGUGUUUUUCCCCCCUCGACCUCCUCGCACUGAGCUUUAACAGAGCACCCUGCGCCUUCUCUCCUUCAACUUGUUGCACUCUUUGUCAUCAUCAUCAUCAUCAUCACUGUUAAUUCGUAAUAUUUAACACAGAGGAGAUCCUGCAAAAAGCGCAAUCAUUACGGCGGACAGGAAGAGGAGGAUGAUUGACAGAGAGCAAAGCUGAAACGGCUGUCCAUCAAAAGUAUCGGCCUCUUAGAAGACGGCUGCUAUCAGACAUCUCCCUCUAUCUCUCUCUCUCUGUUUAUCGCCCUUCGGUUCUCCCAGAGGAUCCGCAUAAAGAGCAGAAGAAGCUGGCAUGAUCCCUCACCUUCGGCACACUCUGUUCGCAGAUACUUGGAUUAUUUGGUAAACUCGACCCCCUGAAAAACCCGUCCACGCUCUUUUUCUCUCUGUAUCCGUAUUUGCUCGAUCUGUCCAUCCACACUCAGGCAGCCAUGCGCAUGUGGUUGAUGGUGACCCUCCAGGCGGCCUGGCCGUGUUUAUUCGGACUGGCCAUGCAGCACUACCCGACCACGUGGGGCCACUACGACAUGUGCAAGUCGCAGGUUUACACGGACGAUGGACUCACCUGGGAUUACAUGGCCUGCCAGCCCGAGGCCGCCGACAUGACCCAGUACCUAAAGGUGACCCUCGACCCUCCAGACAUCACCUGCGGAGACCCGCCCGAGACUUACUGCACCCUGGAAAACCCAUACAUGUGCAACAAUGAGUGUGAUGCAACCACAGAGGAACUCGCCCACCCUCCAGAACUCAUGUUUGACUUCGAGGGUCGCAACCCCUCCACCUUCUGGCAGUCCAGUUCUUGGAGAAAAUACCCUAAACCUUUGGCAGUGAACAUCACACUAUCCUGGAACAAGACCAUUGAGCUGACAGAUGACAUCGUCAUCACGUUUGAGUCAGGCCGUCCUGAGCAGAUGGUGCUUGAGAAGUCACUGGAUUAUGGGAAGACAUGGCAGCCAUACCAGUUCUAUGCCACUGACUGCUUGGACGCCUUCACAAUGGAACCAAAGACGGUGCAGGACCUGACCCAGUUUACGCUACUGGACAUCAUCUGCACAGAGGACUAUUCACGUGGUUAUGUCUGGAAGUAUGACAAGACUGUGCGCUUCGAAAUCAAAGACCGCUUUGCCCUGUUUGCUGGACCACGUCUCCACAACAUGGCAUCAUUAUAUGGUCAACUGGACACCACGAAGAACCUGCGAGACUUCUUUACCCUCACAGACCUGCGCAUCCGGCUCCUUCGACCUGCUACUGGGGCAACAAUGGUGGAUGAGGGCAACCUGUCCAGAUACUUCUAUGCUAUCUCUGACAUCAAGGUCCAUGGCAGGUGUAAGUGUAACCUGCAUGCGAACAGCUGUGUGUUUGAUAAGGAGAAGCUGAGCUGUGAGUGUGAGCACAACACCACGGGGCCCGACUGCGGACGCUGCAAGAGGAACUACCAGGGACGAGCCUGGAGCCCCGGGAGCUACCUGCCUAUACCUAAAGGCACGGCUAAUAUCUGUGUGCCGAAUAACGUGGGUCCAGUGAAUUGCGAGUGUUUCGGCCACUCGAACCGCUGCAGCCACAUCGAGCUGUUAAACAUGGUGAUUUGCGUGAGCUGUAGGCACAACACUAGGGGGCAGCACUGUCAGCUCUGCAAGGUGGGCUUCUACCGCAAUGCUUCGGCCGAGCUCGACGAUGAGAAUGUGUGUAUAGACUGUAAUUGUAAUCCGUUGGGCUCAGAGACUGACCGGUGUAAUGGCACAGGGUUCUGUAAGUGUAAGAGCGGAGCGACAGGCAGUAAGUGUCACCAGUGUCUCCCUGGAUAUUUAUGGGACAAUGGCUGCAAAUCUCGAGUGUGUGACGACGAGCUGCUCCGCUGCCAGAACGGUGGCGUGUGUGUGAACAACAUCAGGUGUCAGUGUGCUCCAGGAUACUCGGGCUUACUGUGUGAGAAGGUUCGCUGUGACGGUGAAGCCGGUUGCCCCUUGUCUGAUUCAUAUCAGACCUCCAGCCCUUCCGCCGGCAUCAUCCUGCUGCUGCUGACGCUGCUGCGUUCCACCUGGGCUUUAGCCCUCUGAGAAACACACACACACCCACACACACCCACACACACACACACACACACACACACAAUACAUACAUGAAGCUUCACGUCAUCAGAAAUCAGAGCAAAACCCUAAUUUGAAAGCACAUUUAAUAAAUAUAUAAAUAAAUAAAUAUAUAUAUGUAUACAAAAUUUUAAAAUAUUACAAAUCUAUUAAAAAAGGAGUCACGAGAUGUUAUUUAGAGAAUUUAUCCAAGCAUUGCUUCAUUAAAGCGUCAGCGUGAAGGAGUAUGGUGGACUAAGCCAUAGCAGAAACUCAAACUCACUCCUCCUCCUCUUCUUCUUCUUCUUCUUCCUCCUUCUUCUUCUUCUAUUCGUCCUUGUCCUCGUCCUCCAGCCUAAACCUUUUCACCAAGAGCAAACAGGAAGUGGAUGUCGCUACUUCCUCUUUAUCGCCACGGUAACUUGGGAUCAAGAUGGCGACUGCCUGCAACUUUGGACAGCUUUGGACUGCUUUUUGGCUUUCGUCACACUGAGAAUGUGUCCAGGUCACGUGAACUAUUUACAAAAUUUAAAAAAGAUAAAGAAAAAAAAACAAAGAAACAAAGAAAGGAAAAGAAAAUCAAAUGAAAGUAAACAAAUAAAGACUCAUGAGAAGAAAAAAAAAUCAUAAACAUUCUUUGCUGUCAGUGCAUCGUGGAGAUCAGACUGAGCUGCGUUUAAAAGGAAGUCCAUUAGUUUCCACCCGUAUUUGGUGAAAAAGCCUCGACGAUCACGUUCCUUUUUUUUUGUCAUCAUUUUAACGUCCGAUGUCCAAGUCAGUGCGGCACUUGUGUAUUAGCUGUCCACAAAAUAUAAAUAAACCCAUGAAGAAGUGCUUAAAAAAAUCAUCAGCGUAUUUAAUUUUUGUAUUUACAAAGAUUUAUUUUCUUUACAAUAAAUAGUACAGAAUUUUUUGUAUUAUUAUUAUUAUUAUUAUUAUUAUUAUU